CCCUUCCUCCCCGCCUUUGCCAUGGCGACACCGAGUGGCGUGAUCCGGGCCCUGCACCGCGGGACCCUCGGCCAGGAGUGAUGCAUGAGAAAGUGGAUUCUCUUUUAGCUUCAAGUGGUACAGAAUUGCAUCUUCCAGCUGCAAGGAAUAUGGUCGUGGAUCGGAUUUUCUCUGGUAUCCAGCCAACAGGGACACCUCAUCUGGGUAACUACCUUGGAGCCAUUCAGAACUGGGUGAAUCUGCAGGAAGAGUACAGCUCAGUGCUGUAUAGCAUUAUGGACAUGCACUCUCUCACCAUGCCCAAGGAGCCAGCUGUUCUGCGCCAGAACAUACUGGACACCACUGCUGCCAUCCUUGCCUGUGGUAUUGACCCAAAGAAGUGUUUCCUCUUCCGACAGUCGCUGGUUCCUGAGCAUGCAGAACUUGCCUGGAUUCUUGGGUGCUUAACUAAUGUGCCACGCCUGCUACGUUUGCCCCAGUGGAAGAUGAAGCGUGCCAGCCAAAAUAGCGAAGGAACUGUUGGUUUGUUGACUUACCCUGUGCUUCAAGCAGCAGAUAUUUUGCUGUACAAGUCAACACAUGUUCCUGUUGGAGAAGAUCAAGUCCUGCACCUGGAACUAGCCCAAGAUAUAGCACAACAUUUCAACAAGAAAUAUGGAGAAUUCUUUCCUGUGCCCAAAGCCAUUUUAAGUACAACAAAGAAAAUAAAAUCUCUCAGAGAUCCAGCAGUGAAGAUGUCCAAGUCAGACCCACAGAAGUUGGCUACUGUUAACAUAGCAGACAGCCCUGAUGAAAUAGUGCUGAAAUUUCGCAAAGCUGUGACUGACUUUACCUCUGAGGUGACCUAUGACCCAGCUGCUCGCCCCGGUGUCUCCAAUCUGGUGUCCAUUCAUGCUGCAGUAACAGGGCUCAGCAUCAAGGAAGUGCUGCACCAAGCCACUGGUCUCGACACUGCUCACUACAAAAUGGUGGUGGCAGAGUCAGUUAUUCAAAAAUUUGCACCUAUCAGGAAUGAAAUCAAGAAACUCCAGGAAGACAAGUCCCAUCUGAUAAAGGUUUUAGAGGAUGGAGCAGAGAAAGCCAAAGAGCUGGCUGCCCCCAUCUAUCAAGAAAUAAGGAGACUGGUGGGAUUUCAAUAGAAGCUACUGAGUAGUUGCAAGGACUUUUGUAUCAUGAGACAGACAUUUUGUUAUUUGUAACAAAAUCACAUACUAAUUAUAAUCAUUUUGGUUUGAAACAAAAACUUUUUUUCCUGGAAGAUCCAAGUAGAACAUUGAAGGUGAUUGCAUUAAAAAAAUUUGCAUAUUAGCAGUGGGACCAUCAUUAAGCCUGUUGGGAUAGUCCAAGAAGGAGGGAAGAAACAAUUACAAUUCACAAAGAAAUUGUGCAAAAGCAGAAUAUAAGGUUGUCUAUAUGGAGUUCUGGAUUUUUUCAUUGACCACUGCAAGAAGCUGAAGUAUAGGCAAGGUGAUCAGAACCUAGCAGAAAGAUUUGUAGUCCUUUCAAGAAUGUAUUUAGCUGUGCAUGCAAUCUUGUUACAGAUGGACAGUUCAUCCCAUUGGGGAUUAUUCAUCUUUGGUAUGGUGGUUGAACAUGUUUUGGAUAAUCAGAAUAAAAGCAGAGACUUACAAAUAAAUGCUCAGGGUGAUGAGGAGAGAA